AUGAAGGCAAAGGUCACAGCAGAGGAAGCACCAGAGUGAGUGAAGGAAAGAUCGGGCUGAUCAAGCAGCAAAAGAUGCAGGAGGAUACACUGCCCAGCAGAUGGUGCAACGAGCCACUCAAGGACAGGAGGAGUUGACGACAGACACAGUAAGACAGUUGCAAGAAGCAGCAGGCGCCUACGAACAGAACGUAUGGAGCAGACAGGGAGCAAGGCAAGACCAUCAUGGGAUUUGGAGAUCUCACACAGGAAAAACAGUGGGACCUGCAAAACUCCUCAGAUCAAUCUUAAGGGAAGAGCAUGAGAAGGCUCAUGGAGGAUGGAAAAGUGUCACAAAAUCAGUUGAGAAAGCAUGGUGGCAUCCACACAUGUUGGACAUGUCAAGAGAGACAUCAGAGAGCUGUGAAGUGUGCAAACAAUACAACAACAAA